GUCAGUGUGCAGGCAGCAGCUCUGCCAGACGUCUCUGAAGUCAACUAACAGCAGACAGAACAGAGCUGAAGGAAACUUCUGAAGCUUUUUAAACCUCUUUGAAGAUUUUCAUCUGCUUUUUAAAAACAGACAAACGAGUAAAUGUAAAGAAGGACGACCUGUGGACUUCUUCCAAAUCAGUUUUUGUCCUGGACAUUUCUUUUCCUUUCCUCAAAAUGUCCAGGAAGAUUUAAAAAGGAAGAAAAAUAUAAGUUAGUUAUAAGGAAGAAAGGUUGACGACAGGUGGACGUCUGCAUCAACCCCGAAGACAGAUGGACAACCGAGAUGACCUUUUUAAGAUCUUUGUACUUUGAUUUUGAAGACAAGAAAGGUUUGAAGAGAAUUACAAGUUUGAAAUGGGAAAGGUGGACUUGUCCUGGUUUCUGGUGUCUCGAUGUUUUUAAGAACAAAAGUUUGAAUGUCCAGAACGUUUAAAGAAAAAGACAGUUGAGACAACUUCUCUGAGAUUGUUUUAUUUUGGUUACCGGAAAGUAAAAAAAACAUUCGAGGGAGUUUAAGAAAUUUAUACUGGAUCAUUUUGAAGAGAGACGAAUAAAUGUCCAAGAAAAAGACGUGAAGGAAAAAGACCUGGACAACUUCUCUGAGUAGUGAAAGAGGAGUUUGUGAAACCCUCGACGACCUCUGGAACAUUUCAUCUGGACUGUUUCAAAGAGUCCAAGACGAUUUCAGAAAGAGGACAAAGUUUAUCCACAAGGACGGAAGAAAGACGUCUUCUAGAAGGCGUCUUCGAGGUGUUUCAGUAGAAGAGGAAAGAAAAUGUCUUGAGGAAACUUAAAAACAAUCUGACAACUUUUCCUUUUCUCUCCAACCGAAGCUCUUCCUUCAGAGACGUCUUCGUGCUGACGUAGGACCGUCCUGAAUGUUUGGAGAUCCGUUUUGAACCACAGACUGAUCCAGGAUCAGAACCGAGCCCGCUGGAUUAACCUCUGACCUCUGACCCAGAUUUGACUAAAUCCCCAAAACAGAAGACCUUCAUCUCUCCAACAGAAACUGGACCAGGAGGUUACUGUCGUCACUGUCGUCAUUGCUGUAGUCCGCACAGCAGCGGCUGAAACAACCGAGAGGAGUGAAGGUGAGCGGAUGUGUCCAACCUUCAGUGAGCUGAUGAAAGAGGUCUGAAGACGUCCGAAUAAACACUGCCGAAAAAAAGGGAGAAGAAGAAGAGGAAGAGGAAAAGCAGAGGUAUCAGAGCCUGAUCGGAUGCUGUCCUGGUGCAGGUCGUCUUUCAGACUGAAAAUGACCGUGAGCGACGCAGGUCAAGAAGCAAACCGGUGAGGUGGAAUCAAACCCACGUCGUUGACCGUACGCGGGCGUGAUGUUGGCGUGUCGCUCCCUGCUCCUCACCUGGGUGCUGCUCGCCACCAGAGUCCAAAGCCAGAGCUGGAGACCCUGUACAGACCUGCUGCCUCUUGACCUGCUGGCCAGAGCCCUGCCACACCCGGGACAAGCCCCGCCCACACAGGUGCAGAUGGUUCAGUCCAGAGGGUCCAGAGGUCUCCGAUUGGCCGGUGCCGUGGCGACAGAGCUGAGUUUCCCCUCCUCCCAAGUCUUCACCAACUGUGACUACUUCCCUGCUGAGUUCUCAUUGGUCGCCACCAUCAAGAUCCCGAGACUGAGACAGAAGAGGAAUGAGUACAUCUUCUCUGUGGUGGAGGAGGGAUCUGAUUCGCUGUUGCUGGGGUUAUGUGUCUCAGAGAAUCGCCUCCACUUCCUGGUCACGCCCCCUGGUGUCGGUGGGCGGAGCAGGCUGAGCUUUAAAGAUGUUGGACUGGAUGACAACCGCUGGCACACCGUGGUGCUGGCCGUCACCGGACCGUACGCCAUGCUGACCAUCGACUGUGGACUGCCUCUGGAGCUUAAACAGGUCCAGUCGUUCCCCAGCAUCCUGAGCACCAGAGGGUCCAAGUUCUUCAUCGGCAGCAGGAGGAGGAUGAGGGGACGCUUCUCUGGUUUACUGCGUCAGCUGGUUCUACUUCCUGGUUCAGAUGCCAGGCCCAGACUGUGUCCGACCUCUGACCCCAGCCUGGCCGAGCUGUCCGUCCCCCAGGUCCUAAAGUCCACCCCGCUCAAGCCUGACCACCAUGGACCAGUUUACCCAUACGAGGCGGAGGCCAGAGUGACUCUGGGAAAUCCUCCUCCGUGUUCGGGACCAGAAGACGGCCAGCUGUGGUUCAACGCUCAGAGGAAAGACCUGCUCAUCUGCGACGGACUCACGUGGAGGACGCUGCUGCUGAGUAAGGAGCGUUUGGAUUACGUGGAGGACUACCAGGAUCUGUACACCAGCUCGGAAACCUUCGACGUUGAGGUCUUCUCCAUCCCGUCUGAAGGCCUGUUCAUGGCUGCAGCCAACAGGGACUCUCGACCCGGUUCGGGUAUCUACAAAUGGAGAGACGGGUCGUUCCAGCUCUACCAGAACAUCAGCACUCAGGAGGCUCGAGCCUGGAGACACUUUACCAUCGACGGCAAGAUUUUCCUGGUGGUGGCGAACUCCAGGGAGGCGGAGCCUGAGCUGUCAGUCAUCUACAGGUGGAAUCAGCAGCGGCGGCGUUUCCUCCGUCACCAAAUACUGGAGACUCACUCCGCUCUGGACUGGGAGGCCUUUCACAUCCACAACCACAGCUUCCUGGUGGUAGCCAAUCACAGACGAGCCAGAGACUCCAACCACAACAUCCACAGUGUGAUCUACAGGUGGAACCCAGACACAAAGCUGUUUGAGGUGAACCAGACUCUGUCCACGUCCGGAGCGUAUGACUGGGAGUUCUUCUCCGUCGGACCGUACCACUUCCUGGUGGUCGCCAACACCUUCGACGGUCAGACCACCACCAUCAGCUCCACCGUCUACGUCUGGCUGGACGGCUGCUUCCAGACCUUCCAGAACAUCCCGACGGUGGGAGCGACGGACUGGGAGACGUUUCAGAUCGACGGCAGGUUCUUUCUGGCCGUCGCCAACAGUCAGAAGGUUUCGGACCGCGGCCCGAGCCUCUACAGCAUCAACUCCACCGUGUACGAGCUCAACACGCUCACGCAGACCUUCAUCCGCUUCCAGGACAUCCUCACACACAGCGCUGUGGACUGGGAGUUCUUCACCAUCGGAGAGGAGAAGUUCUUGGUUGUGGCCAACUCUCACGACGGCAGCUCGUACUCUCUGAACAGCGUCGUCUACAGGUGGCAGGGUUACGAGGGCUUCGUUCCGGUUCACAGUCUGCCAACGUUCGGCUGCAGAGACUGGGAGCACUUCAGCACCGACGAAGGCUCCUUCCUCGUCUACUCCAGCGCCACCUCCAGGCUCAGCAAGGUCUUCAAACUCAGGACCUACUGAAUGAAACUCCGUCCUGCAGCUUCGGACUUCAGCCUCUGUGAGGAGCUGCGACUUUAGAAACACUCAGCACAAAGUUCGACACACUUCUGCGAGACUCGACCGUCGUCACCUCCGGGCUCAGCGAGGUCCUCAAACUGCAGAACAACUUGUAAUUAACCACCUACAUCAAAUCACCGUUUACAGCCACGUUUUCUUCAGGACUGAGCGAAGACUUCAGAGUUAAAUCCUGAGACGCUUCACACGCUGAGCCUGAGGAAGAAGAGUCGAAUCCUGCUGAUGUACUGUUCCAGCUACGUCUUCUUCAGGGCUGAUGCAUGUACGUAGCACUUUUCUUAAACCGUUUAUUAAGACGGUCACGUUAAGCUCUGCCGAUGAGGACGGCGCCCUCAAGGACUCUUCCAGGACUGGCAUCUUAAAUCACCAUUAACAACUACACAAAGGUCCAGCACCAAAUCCCAUUCAGGUCUACAGCCGCUGAAACCCAAUGAAAGUUUGGUUUGUAGUUUAGGGUCAAAGUGAAGCCUUUUAUCAUACAGUAAAAAGAAAGCGAAGCACACUUCUCAUUAAAGAUCUUCAAAGUGACACCAAAACUACAAAGUCGGCUUUUGAUCUCCAGAUUCCUUGUUUUGCUCGACCAACAAGCCAAAGAUGUUCAGCUGACUGUCACAGAAGAGUCAGACCCCCCCCCCCACAGUGAGCUCCUCUGUGACCCGGCUGCUCCUCCGGCAGGUUAGACCCCGUCCUCGUAUUUUAAGGUGGACCUCUGAGUUUUUUCCUUCUGCUGCAUUUUAUCAGCUCAGAGUGAAAUUUUACUUUUUGUGUGAAAAUGGAGGAAACAUGUUGUUGCUAAUCUGACAGAUGCUAACGUGCUAACACCAACAUAUAGGCCUGCGUGGGAGCCAGCAUGACGGCAGACAACAUUAAAGGCAUCAGGAGAGCGAGAGCUCAUCAAAUGUGCUGUUGUAAUGUUGUAAUGAACUGGUUUUCUCUUUUGAGCCCCGUGUUUUCAGCCUGUACGUGUUCACAUGCGGUCAGACUGUCCCGUCAGAGCAGCCGACCCAGCAGUCAGCAGCUCCUGUCUGCAGUGGACCCGUGGACGGACAGACAGCUGUCUCUGGAUCACUGUGAGACUGAAGGAAACUUAGAAACAGCAGGAUUCUCAGGCAGGUUCUGCAGCCGCUUUCUGGAGGUUUAUUCUGGACGGACGUCAGAGACGAUGAUCUCCUCUGGAAGUGUGAGUCGCGCUGAACGAUUCGAUGUUUCAUGUCUGUGAGUUCAGACCUGACGGAGUUAGGACCCUGAGGAGGAGGAGGUUUCUGACUCAGAUCCACCUCCUGCAGUAUCUUUGCCUCCCCUUCAGCUCUCUUGUGUAAUAUUGUUCAAGCUACGUCAUCUUCAGGGCUCUACAAGCACAAAAACUAACGAUAGUAAACACGAUUUAUAUGUUGCGCUUCUCUUCAACAGACUUUAUAAACCGGUUUACAAAACGUCACGUCAAGCUCUGCUCGACAGCAGAAGAAAAACUCCCGAAAAAACGUUUUAAAUAAGGAGAAUCACACCAGAUGUGUCUGUUCCCGGCGCUGGGAGGUUUCUAACAUCAGCAUAAACACUAACACAGAGGUCCGGCCCGGUGGUGGAGUGGGUCUCGCUUUCAGCCCUGCAGUGAAGCGAUUACAGUUAGUUUAUACACCAACUCUUCAGUCUGUAACCUUGACAAAUAUAUUUUUAUCUGCUUCCUCCUGACCUCGUCUCGUCAUCACCGGACUCAAGUGAGAAAACCUCGUUCAAAAUCACAUCGACAUUUGCGACAAUUCUAAUAUUUAAAGAUCAGCUUUGGAACAGAGACUUUCUCAACAUUAAUGUGUCAUGUGGCUUCAUUUGUUUAAUUAAGGACUUUAGUUUUUUUAAAAACGAUCUACUAUCGUUCUUCAUUCAGAGGCUAACAGGAAGUGACGUCAGGACUUCAGCUCUCUGUAGACGCUGCAGGUAUGACGUCUUGUUGUAGGCCAACCCGGAAGUUAGCAUCGCCCUGGUUCCCCCGACAAAAAGCCAAUGGGCUUUUUCCAUCCAAACGUUUAUGACACGUUUUGUUCUCCAAGAUAAUCUUCACAAAUGAACACCGCUCUCAUGAUUUGUGAAGCGUAAAUGCGACCGCCAUGAGUAAAUAGCUAACGUUAUAAACGUACUGCACCGCGGUCGCACGACUUCAGCGUCACCACCACUAAGCUUCCAACUUGUGAUGUGUUGUCUCGCGCUAACCUCUUCUACAAAGGCCUUUCCUCUUAGCGUGACCUCGACUAGUUUGCAGAGUGCGAGUAUAAACCACGGACGUAUAAAACACAAACUGGACACAUCGAGGCUGUAAAGGCGGAGCAGUGAGUAGAUGAGUUUUCGUGUUCGGCGUGAUGACGUUUAACGUCCCCGACACCCUCUGUAGUCUCAUUUAGCCACUCGUUGUUGUCGUAGAACAAAACGUGAAAAUCUCUUAAGCUUGUGUUUCCCACAGACCUCAUUUCAGGCGUCUAACCAAAAACCCGUUAAAAAACCCCACUGACUGCGAGACGAGGGAAGCGGAAGCGCUAAAAUGUUAACUAACGCUAUAGCUCACCAAGCUAGGUAGCUUAACUUAAGACUUUUAGACGUAUUUUAGCCUUUUUUUUUUAUUAUUAUGCAAUGAUCUCUCAACAAGAUAUGUGGACAGAUACUCGCGAAAGAAAACUAAAAGAAACUGAAAAAAGUAAGCGCUAGUUAGCAAGUUAGCUAGCUCAGUUGCUAACCGAACAGUUUGAACGGCGAGCGAGCGGCGCGAUGCCAGCGACCAGAGCGACGAAGUUGAAGUUGAGCGGAGCUGAACUUCAGAUUUUCUUCCCCCUGUAAACGUCUCCCCGUGUACCGAAGUUCCUAGCGGACAUCUGUUCCAUACUGACGGCGGAGGAGAAACUGAUGGUUGCGGUCGCCGGUGUCCCGGAGUUUGAGCGGUUCCUGGCGGUGACACUCGGCCAAUAAGCUACGAUAGCUUCCUCCUUUUUGGACUCUGCGGCUCUCCGUCCAAUCAGAGCGCAGCUCUGUCAGGGCGGCUCGUCAUUGGUCAGCGCGGUGAUUUGAAGCUGGCGUGACCACGUCCUUCGAAUGGUUGUAUUUUCAAAAUAAGAGUACACUUUAUUUUGAAUGUUGCUUUGCAAAACUGACUGAAUUAUUUUACACUGUUUUCCUUUAAAUAAUUGUUUAAUGUUUGAAACUGGAAGAAAUGUAAUGACUUCUGAACUUGUUAUAAAUGUAAUAAGCUAUUGUAAGAAUCAGAAAUAUUAGUUCAAACUGCUUCAGAUGUUCUGAUCUACCAAAGCAGAACAUGUGAUUGUCACGUGACGCAGCAUUGUUGUUCUGUGAAACCAAAGAAAAGCUUUUGUGCUCCGGGUCGACUGCUUCUAACUGAAUAUUAAUAUUUCUGUAUGUGGAGGUUUGUUAUGAAAUAAACAGUGUGUCUGUUCUGUAAUAAUGUUCAUGAAUAAGAUGCUGUUACGGACUCUAACGUGACGCAUAACUCUAAGAAUAACGUUUUUGUUCCUGUAUACAGCUAAUAUUAUUGUAUAAAACAGUAAUUUAUAAUGUUUGUGUUGUGUUUGCCUAUAAAUGCUAGAUGACUGUGGUGUUUUGGAGUAAUAAUAUAUUAUUACUGUUCAUGAUAAACAAUUAAUUACCUAAGGCUGAGUUUAUUAUUCAGAAUAUGGUAGUUUAGCCGUUAUCUGAUUUCUCUGUUGUCGCUCUUCUCUGCUCCAGUUUGGUUUCAUCCCUAUUUAUAUAUUUAUACAUCAUGAGAUGAAUGUAUAAUGCUUUAAAUGCUGUGGUGCAUUGCAUUGUUAUGCAGUUCUCUGCGUUUACUGUCAUGAAUCUGUCAAAUGAACAGUGAAAGAAAAGGAAGCGUCUGCCUACUGAAAACGCUGUGAACACGGGGCUGCCGCUCAGAGGAAGAUGACUGACUUCAUUUGAACUGAACUUUGGGAAACGUAAUAAACUUUUAAUCCAAAAAAAUCA